AUGGAUAGCACUGGAUUAUCACCGUUAGCAGAUUUGGAUUCCAACUCCGGCGGAUCGGAUGGCGUUAACUCCUCGUUGAACCAUUUCGGUUCGAACUUGUAUGUGCCGCCGAAUGGAUACCGGGACACUAGCAAUGCCAUCAAAACCCUGUUCUUCUCGGAUAAACUGCAAGAGUUCACCGAUAAGGAAUAUGAGCGAAAAUAUAACGAAAACGUGUAUCCAAUCAAAGUUCAGUCACAACCGGAUGUUGCUUAUUACACAAGUAAACCACAAAAUGAUUUGCAACCCAGCACGAGGGACACCGAAAACAGUGGAUCAUUCCUGCAAAAUGUUCAGUGUCAUACGAACAACAACGAAGUGGAACGAAAAUUCCUUAGUUUCAGUCCCGAUCAAAUUCAGUGCAUGUGCGAGGCACUUCAGCAGCAGGGUGACAUCGAAAAGCUAGACUCCUUCCUGUGGAACAUUCCUCAGAAUGAAAUGAUUGCCAAUAACGAAAGUCUAAUGAGGGCAAAAUGUCUGGUCGCCUACCAUCGCGGUUCGUUUCACGAGCUUUACGCACUGCUCGAGUCUAAAUUCUAUUCACCCAAGCACCAUUCCGAUCUGCAGAAUCUGUGGUUCACGGCACACUACCGGGAAGCGGAGAAGGUCCGAGGCCGGCCGCUGGGCGCAGUUGACAAGUACAGAUUGCGCAAAAAGUAUCCCUUGCCGAAGACGAUUUGGGACGGCGAAGAGACGGUUUACUGCUUCAAGGAAAAAAGUCGCAAUGCCCUGAAGGAUUGCUACACUAGGAACCGAUACCCGACGCCAGAUGAGAAGAAGACACUUGCCAAGAAAACAGGACUCACGCUGACACAAGUGUCCAACUGGUUCAAAAAUCGCAGGCAACGGGACAGGACACCACAAACCAGGCCUGAUAUGAUGAUGCCCGUACUACCGGUCACUUCUGCCCAGAUGGAUGGCAGCUAUCAAAGACUGUUUAACGUUGCCAAUUAUGGUGGACAUGCUUAUCAUGCAAAUGACAUGUACGCCGUUCAGUAG